AUGGCAGUCAUAGAACUUGCCAGAACCGUCCUCGGCUGGACGGAUGCUCAGUCGACCGAAUUUGACAAAAACACCACUCACCCAGUGGUGAUAGAGAUGCCGGAACACAACCCAGAGCAGAUGGGAGCUACCAUGAGACUCGGGAAAAGAAAAACCGUCUUCACUGAUAAUUCAUGCACCAUCAAAAAGCUCUAUGGUAACAAGGCUUCUGUCGAGGAGAGACAUCGUCACCGAUACGAAGUGAACCCCAAGUAUGUGAUGGAUCUGGAGGAGAAAGGGUUAAAGUUUGUGGGGAGGAGCACGGAUGGCCAGAGAAUGGAAAUUCUGGAACUAGAAGAUCAUCCGUAUUUUGUGGCGGUGCAGUUCCAUCCAGAGUACCUCACUCGUCCAAUGUUCCCCUCGCCCCCCUUCCUGGGCCUCAUCAUGGCGGCCUGCGGCAAACUUGAGGCGUUCAUCUCGAGAAACUGCCAGCUCUCCCCGCGAGCAAGCUACGAAUACGACAGUGAAGAAGACGACGAGGUCACGCAAGCUCUUUACUCUCGAGACAGUAAGAGCCCUGCCACCGCCCUCCCCGAGAUUACUAUAUUUGCAGCACCACAGAACUGAAUCUCACCGGAUUUCUGUUUGGGAACACUUGUAAUUUUUUAAUUGACUUUCUUGCCACGUUUUUACUCGGAUUAUUUAACACAUGUCAAAAUUAUCCAUUCUUCUGCCUCUUUCAAAUUUUAUGGUUGAGUUCCGAAAAGCGUCAGGAC